GCUUUUCGUUUUUCUUUGUCGAGAGUGUCUGUUAUGCAUGUCUUUUGGCUUUAGUAUCUUUUAGUUCUUCCUCCUUCUUUGAUUGCAAUUUUUAUUUAUCGUUUCUUUGUUCUACCCUCGUUUUCCUUUUUUCGUCUCAAUUUCUUUCCUAAACAUGCACUCAGCCGUGCAGUUAUCUUUGUCCCGGCUGGAUCUGGCGCUUUGAAGAACUGCCCCAAACGGUGCCAGAAACCAUCUCACGCAAGGUUUGUGUCUCUCUUUCUGUGUGCCCAAAGCUUUGAAGGGAGGGAAGGGUGUAAGCCGUUUUUGUAUAUAUACAAACCCGCUCCUUUUCAUUCUUUGAACCAUCGUUCUCCGUUCGUCCGUCUUUCGCCAGUGUCGGAUACAUACAGUGUAUACUCUAAACGGUCCGGUACCGACACUAAUCCUACCCCUCCAGUAAAGAAGAAAUGCUCGCAGUACCCUGCACCCACACCCAUGCCAGCAGACCAGCACCACCGGUGAAACCAUCCCAAUCGCUCGAAGGCCUAGAACAAGUCAUUCCACCCACGUCACCGUUAGUACUUUCUUCACCGUUAUCUCUCACCGGCCGGCCCUACUACCUCCAGCUCGACAAGCCGCUACCUGAGAAGCCGCUCCCCAACACACCACCCUCUAUGGGUCACGCGGGUUCAAUGGCGUCGAGCAACAGCAACGAGACCAGUACGCUGGAUAGCAGGUCGCGGUACUCGGGGCGGGAGUCGUCGCGGUAUUCGUCAGAUAGUUGUCCGAUUUUUGUUCGGACGGGGAGUGAAUAUGGUGGUGAGAGGCCGUAUUCGGGUGUCAGUGGGGAUGUUGGGAAGGGAGAGUUAUUAUCGCCGACUGUUCCUACCCCGCUUGUGACAAGACAUAGUCCGGAUCCGCUGGAGGCGUUUCCGGGCAGUGAUAACGAGGAGAGUGAUGUGUUGGGGGAUCUGGAGGAUCUAGAGGCAUGGAAUGACGAUGACGAUUAUAACGACCAUCAUCUUGAUGCGCGGUGGUCUCAAAUCCGGCAUACCGCCACAGACUUCACGCAAGCUCGCAAUGAUAACAGCCACUACUUCCGCGAGAAGAAGUGGGAUUUCUUCCCUGAAUUGGCCCCUGUGGCGGGCAUGUCGAAGAGGCCCUGUCGUCAGGCAUCUGCUGUGCAAGCCAAGAAGCGGAAUACAUCUGCGUUUGACUUUCGGCAGACGCGCACAAACACGUUAACGGGGGCACCGGCGCUGGCGACCAAUGUCCGUGACUCGAUUCGGUCUGCUGUGCAGAAGACGCUGAAGUCGUCGCUGGAGAAGGAGAAGGAGAAGCGGAGACGGCAGCCUCGGCCUUCGACGGCGAAGAGAGCGGCUGCUGCUAGUAUGAGCGAUUUCUCGGAUAGCACGACUAGCAUCAAGAGCAUCAAGAGCAAGAGCAGGAGUAAGAGCAAGCAAAAGUCCGAGCGCAGCGACUACCUAUACGCCAUUCAAAAGUCACAGCCGCCCUGCGAGAAAAAUAUCUCCAUCGUCACCCGGAUCAGAUCGCUAUCCAUGUCCACCGGAUCCAGCAGUGCCACGGAUAGCCCACGGUCCACACCCCCACAUCACGGCCCGGCAUACCCAAAGCAACUCGCUGUGCCCUUAUCGCCAUAUCAAAAAUUUGGCGCUGCCAUCUUCGACAAACCAUCCACCCCAAGCAUAUUCGCAAAAACAAGCACGCAGCCCCACAAUCACAACCGUUUCUACCAAACUCAACCCCGAACCCGCCGUUGGUCUCUCUCAACCCCCACAGCAUCAUACACAAGCACAAGUACAGCCUCGUACAUAACCAACAACAGCUCAACCCUCAAUCUCACUGCAACAAAGUCCUAUCCCAAACUACCCACCUCGCCACCGUUGCGGUCACAGCUGCAGCGCGGGACGAAGGCGCUGCAUGACGGGACGAGUUAUAUGCGGGAUGCGCUGGGUGGAGCGAAGAGGAGGGUUGUUGAUGCGCGGAUGCAUCGGAGGAGGGCACAGCUGAAGGCGCAAAUAAGGCUAAUUGGGCCGGUGAAUCCGUAUACGACGUAUGGGAGGGUUGAUCCUUGGGAUUAUGUAUGAUGUGGUGGGUCUUCUCUCUGCGUUUUUUUGUCUGUUAUUGGCGUUGUAUACAAGUAGACUUGUUUUUGUUUUAUUGCAGGGGUAUUAGGUGUUAGGAUUAUGGUUAUCAAUGAGGUUAUGGCUAUAGAUUGAUUGGUUAUUUCUGUGAAGUAUUUAGAUUAUCGAUAUAUCUACCGGUAAUUCGUGCAGCGUGGCGUACUACAGUAGAAUCCCUUGCGUACUGGAGUUACGACUCGCGGGUCCAGCAGAGGUGCAGUCGAUGUGAGCUGGCAUGAUUCAGUUAUUCAGGUCUGGACCACGGGCUAUAGCACAGUGUUCGAUGCUCGUGUACUGUACUGAAUUAUGCAUUCUAAGUAGUAU